AUGACCUUCAACCCUUCUGUUCCCGAAAGUGUUUUGCCCCCUAUAAUGAUUCCUUCGGUCUCGCCAAAUAUUACUCCUGUUUUACCACCUGUGUCACGUCUUGCCCCUCAAAUACUUCGAACUCUUCCCACAAAUCCUUGUGAC